AGUGAGGGGCCGCGACGGCCGGGCUGGGCUGGGUAGGGCAGGGCGAGGAGGGUAGAAGCCCUCGCUAUGCUGCCCAGCGCCCUUUACUGGGACCUGGUGGGCUCCUCGGCUCUGCUCAACCUGCCGGCGGCGCCGGGUUUCGGCAACCUGGGCAAAAGUUUCCUCAUCGAGAACUUGCUGCGGGCCGGAGCGCCGAGCCCUGCCCAGCUCCGUCCCUUCCCCGCCAACCCCGUGCCCCUCAAGCUGUGCCCCGCAGCGGAACAAAUCAACCCCUCAAGGGGUCCCUUCCCGGCAAGAUGGGCUUUCCAAGUGCUUAACCCCUCUACGGCGGACGGCAGCCGCCCGCCAGCGCGGGCCGCGGCGGCGGAGAGAGGCGGCAUCUUCCCGCCGGCAGCCACAGCUCUUUCCAAACACUUUUUUCUCCGAGCCCCGCCAUUCUACUCAGCAUGCUGCGGUGGGUCCUGUCAGCACCCUGCAUCCCCCACUGCUUUUUCAAGGGAGGAAAGUGUGCUGCCACUUCUGACCCAGGAGUCUAACUCCAAAUCCCGGAGAGGCAUAUUAAGAAGAGCUGUCUUUUCUGAAGACCAGAGGAAAACUUUGGAGAAAAUGUUCCAGAAGCAGAAGUAUAUUAGUAAAACAGAUAGGAAGAAACUGGCCCUUAACCUUGGUCUAAAGGAGUCUCAGGUGAAAAUUUGGUUUCAGAAUCGAAGGAUGAAAUGGCGAAACUCCAAAGAAAAAGAAGUGCUUUCUAACAGAUGCCUCCAAGAAGAAGGUCUUCAGGAGAACUACCUCUCACGAUCCACCAUGAAUUUUACCUCCCCAUGCCCAUCUGUGUGGGAAAUGUCUGAAGAGCGGGGAAGUCCAAGGUGGAGGGAGAAUUCUCCAGGAAGUUCUGAAAGACUGAUUAGCACACAACCAUCUCCAAGAGCAAAUUCAUUGCAGAGCCCACUCUAUUUGUAUCCUGACCAAGACACUGCAAACAAGGCAUCAUCAAGUGUGAGGGAGUAGGGGCAGUUUAUAAAUGGAAUGGGAGAGUGCAGGCUUCAAAUGAGCAGUCUUUUAAGAUUAACAGUAUUUGAACAUUGUAAAGCUAACUAGUUUAUGCUUCAAAAAUAUGCUAAAGUCUAACACCAUUAAAAUUACAAACAACUAAUGACUUAAGAAGUAUUCUUCAAUAUUCAGUCUUUUCUUGUGUCUUUUCCAGUCUUGUACUGACUUUAAAAGUAAAAUAUGAAUUGAUGGUAAGUAAAAUGAAGAGCAUGAAGCUGAAUUUGAUACAUCUGCCCUGUAUGUGAUGCUCGUUAAAAACACACUAAUAGAGAAUCACUUUUAUCUCUCAUUGUAGUCAGACCCAAUUAAUUUCUUCUGUACAUGAGAUAAGAAGAACUCUGUUUCUCUCAA